UCUAUUUUAAGUAGCACUCCAAAGUUUCUUACAUUUUGUAGAAAAUAAUAUGCAAAAGUAUUUUUAAAGAAGUUCAAGUAACUUAAAAAUAGUAACAAACUGUAGAAAUAUUAUCUCAACUGAAUCAAGGAAGCUGAUAAACUGUUAUUUUCAGUCCUGUUAAAGGUUAUUCGUGAUCAGACUCCAAGGAAUUAGCAGUGACAGUCACUACUUAGCUCUGUUGUUCGUGCACUGCAGAUCUCAGUGGGUACUGAGACUCUGUCAAUACCCAGACACAAAGGGUUGAACUCAAAAGAAAAGCAGCUCUUUAAAGAUCAGUUCCUUUGCUCUGGUGAUUUUAAGCGGAGCCCUUCACGCCAGCAGCCCGUUGAUUUUUAAGAAAGGCCAUCUGGUGUGGGCCACUACAAUGAACAGUGGGCUCAGUGUGCUGGGGCAGCAGGAGGAGCUGCUCCCUGGGCACUGCUGGGAAUGCCCAGUGUGUCUGUGCCCGUCCUGCCCGGCCGGAGCCUCGGCCCCAGCGGGCUCAACAAAACAGGCUUGGCUUUCUAGUUCCCCUUGGUAAAGUGUGCUACAAAGGAUCAGUCCUGACUCCUACCAGGAACAGAUAAAAACUCCCACUGAGCUGGAGCUGAUUACUAAGAUGGUUGGGAUAUUUUGGAGAAUUAUUUUAUAGUAUGGGUGAACUGCAAAGUUAAAGACACAGAUCUUCUGCUGCUCUUUUGCCAUGUAAGGAGUGACCUCCUCACACAGGUGUGUCACUGCUUUCCCCUGCCCUGGUCACACACCAGGCACGUCAUUUCUCUUCCCAGAGUCCCUCAGCAAUUCCAAGUGCUGCCAUCUGGAUUUUGCAAGAUAGGAAGUUCACCCCUCUGGUUUCUGGGAGUGAACAGAUCCCAUUCUUUGGUAGGUGUGUAAGCUUCUGACUAUGAGAAAAGCAAACACUGUCUGGAGUAUUUCAGAAUUACCAAAUUUUACACACACAGACAGAUACACUUUGUUACCUUUAAAAACAAAUUUGUUCAAGAACAAAUAUACUUAUAAAAUUAACACUGUUCCUUUUGGUCAUUCUCUGUAGUAUUCAUAUCUGAAACCAAUAGAGUCUGCAACAUUCAAAGGAAAUAUUCUGAUAUGUUACUAGAGGCCCUGGAUGGGACACCAGCCUUAAUCUCUGCACAUCUCGGGUGCAGUCUGGCCCAAGCAGCAGCAGUGGGUGGGUCACAGCUUGGCUGAUUCCUUGCUGCUAUUUUGAGAGUUUUAUCUCAAUAUCAGACCCAUCAGUAUCAGAAACUAUCAGUUUCCUGCCCUGCAGACAAAUUCAACAAGUACAAAUUUGAAUACCACACAAAUGUGAAACAGAAUAUAUUAAUGGUUAAUCUCAUUGGCAUAAUUAUCUGAGACAUUUUAAAGAAAAUGUCACAAUCUGUAGCAUGUUUGGAAGAAAAAUGCAAGUACGUUUAUGGUAAAUAGCUUUUUGUACAAAAAGGCAGAAAAAUUGGAGAACAGAGAUUUUCCUGGGCAUUUUAAAGUACUCCAGACAGCUGUGCUAGAAAAUAGAAACAGUUCACAAAAGCUACUGCUGUCACAGGAAUGUUUUGGGUGGAAGUUUUCCCCUUGCCCAUCCCUACCAGCAUGGUUCCAUUGCCCAUGCCCAGGGCAAUGCAGGGGGCAGGGAAGCAGUAAACCUGCCGUGGUUUACUCCAUCCCCUGUGCAGAAGUGAGGAGUGAGGAGCUCAGAGUGUAACAUGGCCAGUGCUGGAGAGGAGGAACUGCCAGAGGCUGCCCCGACACCACCGGGCAGGGGGGGACUAACUAGGAAGAUGAAGACAAAGAGAUGCACUAACCCAGGCUUGGCCUUCCCUGUCACGCUGAUCUUCUCCCUGUGUUUGCAAAUGAGCGCGAACCACAACGGUUCCCUUCGGGUUAGAGAGGAAACCUGGAAUCCCAUCAGCCAGAACCUCAGUGGGAGCCAGAACAGAACAGAAGCCAAUACAAAUUCUCCUCUGAGCAUCAAUUUCAGCAGCAAAAUGACUACCUUUGAAAUGCAAAGUACCCUGCAGUCCUUCUCCUUCACAAUGGCCCAAAAUCCAACAUCUUCCCCUGCCACCAGUGCAGUUUCUGCCACUGCAGGACCCAGGAAUAUCAGCAAACCCAAGAGUCCAGUGACCAAAGAAACAUGUGAAGACAGUAAGUCUCUUGUACUGAUCUGCUUCAUUAUCAUUGCAGUACUUGUGCUUAUCUGCACCUUCCUGUUUCUGUCCACAGUGGUAAUAGCAAAUAAACUGUCCUAUCUCAAAAAAACCCAGCAGGGGAAACGCAGGCCCAGGAGCAACGGGGACAUUGUGGCCACCAGCAGCUUAUGGCCAAUGGCAGCAGGAACGUGGCAGAGGAUGCCCAGGGAGACAGCUGGAACUGAGCUGACAAUGCAGGACUUGCUCUCAGGGAGGGACACAGGGAACAGAAGGAAAACUGAAGAUGAAACUACUGAGAAACUCACUACAGCAACAGACAAUGCACAGGAAAACAAAGAACUAUCCCAGUCACACAAACCCAUUUUAACCAAUUUUGUAGUUGAGAUUUAAUUCACACUCCAGUAAAAAUUCAUCUUCUGCCCUUUUUAUGCCAUUAAUGUGAGGCAAAACCUCAGCUUUUAAGAAACAACAUGAAUUUUCCCCCGGGAAAGCUGAAUUCAGAUUUUAGGUUUUUUUCUUUAUGCCAGUGGGAAUGCUGGAGCCACGUGUGGAUCUAGAAAGGAAUAAGACUGUGUUAAACAGCUUUCUGUACUGAGUGUCACGGCUGGUUUUACUCCUUGGACCAGAAAUCCCUGUGACAGGAGCUGAAGGGGAUAAAACAAAGGGACAGAAUCUGCCCGUGCUCAGGGCAGAAAGGAACAGACUGUUAGUCUGAUAAUGCACCCAAGCAUGAGACACAGGUAUAACCAAGUAGCUUUUUUAAGAAAACCAUACAUCAGUCACAACUUCAACCACUGAAUCAGGAUCUAGUCCCUCUCAACAUGUCCUUUUGGGUUUUUCCAUCAAGAACUUCUUAAACCAGCUUAAUUUCUUUGGAACCAGACUGAGAUUCAAACCAUAUCUAUUGUGUUUCCAUGCUGUGUAUGAAGAGAUGAAGUUUGUGCUAUUUGUUAGAAUAUGAGAACUGUUUCAAUUUAUCCCAAUAAACUUGCAACAUCCAUUUUUAAAGAACUUGACUUAUGUGAUACUAUUUCUCUAAGUCAAAAUAUUAGAAAAAAAUAGGACACCAGGCAUUUUGGAAUUUCCUGUAACAUUAGCUGAGCUAGGUAAAGGUCUCUGAUGACUCGCUGUGAUUUCUUGCAUCACAGAAACACACUCUACUUUCUCCUAACACCAAUUAAAACAUGCCAAAAAUUUAUUAAAACCACAAGAACUUUCAGUUUCUUUAUUCUCAGAGAGAUCUGAUUUCCCCAUAAUUCCAGGCAGAUGCCUCUGUCUGGUCUCCCUGCAGCAGAGCUUUGCUGUUUUAAGGAAACACGAGAAGCUUUUCACAGGCUACUUCUUGGAAGAAGAUCUGUUGCCCCACGGUUACUGAGCCUGCACGGUGUCAAAGCUCCCAACAGCCUGGGCAGCUGUGACAGUUCUGACACAUGAGGUGGUUGUAUGAAUGUGAAAGAAUCAGGACAUGACCAAAUCCCCAACCCCACUCCAUCAGAUCACCAGAAACUGCUGAACAGGCAGGUGGAGGAGCAGCAGAGAGGCAGCACCACAGCACAUGGAGCCAGGAGAGAGCUCAGAGAAUGCAACUGCCCAGCUCAGGAAAAUGAAGGACUUCACAUGCUUAGCCUAGAACUGGGAGUCAUUAGAAAAUAAGUUCAUUGGACAUGGGAAGAAAAAACAUCCAUAGGGCAAAGUCCCACAGAUCUCCCUAAACCACCAAUUCAGACCCAAGAGCUCCAAGAGAGGAGUCCAGCCACAAGUGGAAUGGGAGGGCACAGGAUUAUGUCAGGCAACUCCAAAACAUGAGGAGAAAGGUCAGGAGAAGAAUAAAGGGACAAAGACAGAUCAGUGAUGACAACCUAGGACCCAGAGGACAAACAGAACAUCCCACAGGGGUGACAAAGAGCUGAAGGGCAGGGCUGGGGAUGCUGCACUGCAGUCACAGGUGGCAGCAGCAGAGGCUGUGCAAGGACUAAAAAAAGACUGAGACAGCCAAUGUGAGAAUGUGCCCUGGAGUAAAACUGCUCCCAUCCAGGAAGGCAAGAGAACUGACCCAGGAGAACAGAGGUAGCCAAGAACACAGGAACAGCCAGGGCAGAUGGGGAGGGACUGAAAAGAAUGGGAUGAGACAAUGGAAUCAGACAGGAAACACUGAGUUACAGUGUGGGCAUGGGAUCAGGAUGUGUGUUUGCUGCAGAAACAGGGACAGCCUCAAAAAGAGAAGCAGUGCAAGCAGAAGGGAGGUACAACAGGAAAGGCAGGAGGAGAUGAAGAAGCUGUGGAGCAAUCCGUCAGCAGCCACUGGAGGAACACACUUGCAAAAUGUCAUGACAUAUUUGGUGUGGGCUUCUUUUCACCAGGCAGCCUUUCCAGGCAAAAAUGGUCAAGGAGACAAAAGAAAGUAGUUCAAGUUACACUCCGUGGUAUGGACAAGAGAGUGGGAAGCAGCUGCUCAGAGCACAGCCCCCCAUUAACGAUGGCAGCAGGUACCAACAUGGUCCAGGCAGAAAACUAACAGAGUGGGGGACAGGCUGAGUGUGACUGGAGUUCAUCUGCCUCUAAAUACAACCACACAACUGAAAAUGUGUAAGCAGCCAGCACCCCAUGAUCAGACAGUGCUCCAUGACUCACUGCCCAAGGCUGGCUUUCCACUAAUAAUCCCAAGGGCACCAAACCCACCACUGAAACUACAUCAGUGACUCCAACUCAGCCCAAAUUUGCAUAGGGUUUGACUCAGAAGAAACUGUAACUAUUUCCUACAAAGACAGGCAAAGGAGUAUUUAUGAAUUUCCACACACGUGGCCAAAGCCCCUGACACAUGCUGCAGCAGUCCCGAGCAGCAGAGCAGAGCGGUUUGCUCGUGGCACACGCCAUCUCUGCGCUGAGACCCCGCGAGCUCCCGCUCCCCACGCUUCCUGCGGCGAGGGUUGGCCAACUUCCUCUCAGCUGCACCAGCCCCAGCAUGAAAGGGGCCAUUUUAGGCAGCUCAGCUCUGAGCACGCUCUCUGUCCUCCUGAGGCUUCAAACAACACAGUAAGACGAUGCUUGCUUGAGAGAAGAUAAAUGUACAGGUAAGGAUCGACUUCAGCAGGGAAAAGCUCAGUAUUUGUAUUAUUUGGGUUGAAAUGGAGCUGCACCGUGCCCAGCACCGUGCACAGCCCAGCUCCAGGGUGUGUGCACAGCUCUUGUUGAAUGUCUGUAUCUUAAAAGCACGAGGGUUUCAAAUAUGUUGUUUGGGGAUGUUACUAUGAAUUACCAUGAAGUCUACAUCUAACUAUUAUUUGCCUCUCUUUUGAAAAGAGGUGAGCAGAAUAAAAAUUCAAUUGAACCAUUUUAACCUGUAACAAACCUGACAGAGUUCAG